UUUUUUUACAAUCUUUCCGAAAAUUUCAUGAAAUUUACCGAAAGAAACGCAACGUUUCGGGCAUUUUACAUCUCUACUCGUUUAUGCUCAUUUUUAUGCUCGUUUGCGAUGGGAGUCGCGGGAGUCAAAUUAGGGCCAAAGAAAAAAAGUCUUUCUGUCAGUUUGACGUUAGUAGCUUGUGAAAAUAUUUUGUUCGCAAUACCUAUAAUUCUUUGAUAUAUUUUUUUUACCUAAAUAUCGAUAAGAAAUGGAUAAACGAAUUAAAUAGUAACGAGGAUAUAAAUAAACUAUUCUUUGUAGAAUCCUCUCCGCAGUAAUUUGUAGUCAUGAAUAGUAAAAUUUUGAAUACUAUAGCGUAUGGUUUAGACAGUAGAGAAGAAUUGAGAAAACGAUUAGAAAAUGGUAAACAAGUAUUGCAAGAACUUUUAAUUUGUGUGCAAAAUUGUCAAAACCGAUUUGGAGGGAAGGCUGAGUUGGCUACUGAAGAUGAUAUAAGAAUAGUAAACUUGUGUGAAAAAUGGGAGAAAGCUCUCAGUCAUGGCAUUAGAACAAACUUGUCCAGCUCUGCAAUACAAAGUUUGGUGACAGCGGGGUUAAACUUCACUUUUAACAUCAUCAAUGUUGGUAACUCUCUUUGGAGUUAUACUUGUUUGCAUCUCACCAAGCAUGAAAAGGAAAGGUUUAAAAUUCUUGCAAACAUCAAUACUCCACUCGGGUAUUUCAGAGCGUUCCUGAGAGCUGCUCUCAAUGAAAGGUCUCUAGAAAGGUAUCUACAAAGCUGGGUGGCUCAUGGACUUCUCAUGGAAUAUUAUGAGGAAGGAGCUCUUGUCAGAGAUAAUGAGGCUUCCAACCUUCUUCCAAAUAUGGCUGCAGGCUUAUCAUCUGUUUUGUUUGCCUUAUCAAUUGACAGAGCCGAGCUCAAUGAAUCACAACAAACUAAUCAAAUCAGUAAAGCAGAGCUUGUCAUACCAUUGCCUACACCCAUGAAAUCAACCAACAGUUUGAAAAAGAAACCACUUCGUCAAGUUAUAUCUUUUGACAAAAAUGAAUCAAAAAACCAACAGAAAGAAAUAGAAAAAGUUGUAGGGCCUACAGAUCAGCAAGACAACUCCUCUUGGAACAGUGCUCCAGCUACUUGCCUCAACUCGCCUGAUCCAAAAGUCACGCCACAGAUGGCCUCAGCAAGUGAACCCACAAGUUCUGAAUAUAAAAGCAGUAUAAGACAUUUUUUCCCUGAUGGUGUAAAGGGAAUUGACAGUCCAUCACAAAUCUUAUCCAAAUUGUCUGAAUGUGCUAAAGAAAUAUUUUCAUCAUCUAACAGCAUAGACGUAAAUAAUAUUACCAAAGAUGAUGUGUCAGAUUUAAGUAUAAGUAAUUUAAAAAUUUCUGAAAGUGAUAGUGAAGAAGUGGCCGGCAGCAUUGAUGGUAGUACAUCCUGUUUGGAACUCUGCUUUACAGAGGAUGAAUGUGUACCUGAUGACAAAAAUAUAAAUUCCAUUGUAGAAAUUAGAGAAAAAGAAUUAUUAAAUUUACAAAUAAAGUGUAGUCAAAUAGAAGUAGCUAGUAAGGAAAAAAUACAAAAAUUAGAAAAAGUUGUGUUAGACUUGAGCAAAGAAAACGACAGACUAAAAGAACAGUUACGGCACUACAUGUCAGCUGUAGAGAUGGGUAUUGCUUUAAAAUCUGGCAAUGGAGACAAUGAAGAAGUCACUCAGUAUGAGAAGAAAUUGGUUCAGGUAGCGGAAAUGCACGCUGAAUUAAUGGAAUUCAAUCAACAUUUACAAAGACGUCUGCAAGACUUGGAAAGUUCGUCUUUGGAGGUCUUAGAUCUUCCACAAUCUAAUGUUAAGGUUCAUAUCCCCACUGCGUUCCUGGUGGGCAAGAAAACACAUUCCUAUCAUGUUUAUCAGAUAUUCAUCAAGAUUGGCUUAGAGGAGUGGAAUGUCUAUCAUAGAUACGCAAAAUUCCAUGAGCUACACAUGCAACUCAAGAAGUGUCACCCUGAUAUAGCGACGUACAAAUUUCCGCCGAAGAAAACGUUAAGGAAGCGAAACGCUCAUUUAGUAGAGCAACGUCGCGUGGGUCUGCAAGCGUAUCUACGUCACAUACUUUUAGUUUUACCAGAGCUCCGGGAAUGCACUAGCCGUGCGCAACUUAUCACGCUAUUGCCCUUCUUCGGUACCUCCUCUACAACGAAAGAAAAUGGGAUCAGCCACGUGUUGAAUCGUCAGCAAUCUUCAGACUCCGUAUCAACAUUUGAUGCACUAUGAUAAACCGGAAUCGAUUACUAUUUAUGAACUACUUAGUCAUAUCUCCCUUUUAUUUGAAUAGUAUUUUGAGAUCUAGACGUAGUUAGUGAUAAACUAGAACUCUAAACAGCAUUAAACAAUGAGGUAUUUGAAAAUAGUGUAAAUAUAGUGGUCUGUAAAAUAAAUCAUAAAAGAAACGAAACAUUUAUUCGGGUGAUCUGAUCUUCAUCUGUCGGCUGUCGGCACACGGAAGAAAAACUUUGAUCUGAUAAAACGAUGAUUUUUCGGGAACUUUCCUUUUUCAGGUCAUCUGAAAGUUUUAACUAACAUACAGACCUGAAAUAUUUUGUACGUAUUUUUCAGCUAGAUUGUAGGUAAACGUUAUUUAUUACCGCAAUAGAUGAACUAGUUCUGUUAAUGUUAAUAUUGUUGAUUUAUGCCUGUGAUAUGGUUAAUUUAUUGAUGCUCGAUCAACCAGUAUACUAGAAAGUUGCUUAUGUAAAUGAAUUAGUUCAAACUUCAAACGUUUAACAAUGGAUACAGAUGUCCGUAUGUACAAACAACUAGUAAACCAUAUUAUCAAUAGCUGGAGUUCACGAUGACAUCCAAUUUAUAGUAGAGUUCAUAAAAACAUAUGGCAAUGUACUACUACCUUGUAAAUGAAAUCAUUGUUUAGUAAUAUAGUUAACGAAUAUAUUUAACCACACUAUAUCUAUAAAAUGUUAUAUUUUGAAAUCAUUAUGUUUACACAGGAAAAAUGAAAAUAUAAAGAUGUCAGUAUUUUAAAAUUAUGGUUUUAUUAUGACAAAAUGUUGAGAAAACAUGGAAAACAUCAAAUACCAGAAGUCUAAACCAGCUGAAUGAGAAACAAAAUCACCUGCGCUUACUUAAAACACAUCUAUUUAGUUGUGCUAUCGUCUUUGACCAUAAGAUAUAAGUUUAUGAUGAGCAUAACUUCCAUAACGUCCAA